AUGGCAGACUCAACACCGACACAGUCCGCCGCGUCGACGUCGCGGCUGACGCCCGAGCGGAAACGCCAGGUUCGGAAUUUCCUGCUCGCGACGACUGUUGCGUAUAUGUCUACGCUGGUUGCGAAGCGUGCUGCGCUUGCGAAGCGACAUGUGCCCACCCUCUUCAGUCACAACCACACCCCUCCCCCCUUCAACCGCUACCAAGACGCGAUCCACGCCGUCACAAUCAGCUCUCUUCUCUCGUGCUCCGUCUUUGCCAUGGGCGUCACCGGCACCGCGCUCGUCAUGGACAUCAACUCGCCGCAGGAGUUCAACGACAAGAUGAAGCUCUGGCUCGGCGGCUCGCAGCGCGAGAGCGAGCGCGCGAAGAAUAUCGAUCCCGAGACCGUCAAGCUUGAGGGCGAGAUUGAGCAGUUGCUGGCGCAGGGGUUGGCGGCUUUCGAUGGGGAUAAGAAGGAGGAGAAGGAGAAGAAGUAA